CAUGUGCAAUGUCAUUAUGUCUCAAGGAAGGCGACUAGAGAAAUUGGUGACUAGGAGCCACACGGAAGUAUUCCUGCGUUUUCGAAGUAGUGUACUAGGAGCAAAGCAGUCUGGACUGUCUGAUGAUGGAGACGAUAGGGUGGCUUUGGUACGGGUAGGAGAGUCAUCAGAUGCACAAUUUGGAAGACUAGAGAGAGAAAAGCUACCGCCAGAAUGGACUUCACGUAUUGAUGAGAUAUCUCUUGAAAUUACGAGAAUCAAGCAAAAAAUGAACAAACUAAGCGAGCUACAUGAUGAGCAUAUGUACAGGCCAUCACUGGAUGACACACAAAAGGAACACGAAAUUGAAAUCAUGACCAAAGAAAUUACAGAGAUGUUUCAUCGAUGUCAAAAAUCAAUUCGAGGCAUUGGGUCGAGAAGUAAGGAUGGAUCGAAGGAAGAGCAAGUCAUGGCAAGGAAUGUAAUGUCGUCUCUUGCUGCAAGUCUGCAGGAGCUGUCUAUAUCGUUCAGAAAGGGACAGUCAAAUUACUUGAGACGAAUGAAGAAUCGUGAGUCUCAAUGGUCAGAUAUGACUUUACCGACAGUCGGAGCAGCAGCUGCUACUGGAGGGGCACAGAGCUCACUAAUGGCUGAGGAACAGUUGCCAGAAGAUGAACUUUAUGAUAGAGGUUUCACAGACCACCAGCUCAUGCUGGUUGAAGACAAUACAGAAGUGAUCGAAGAACGGGAACGGCAAAUACGUUCUAUUGUUGAAUCAAUCUCACAACUCAAUGAAAUUUUUAGAGAUCUGGCUACAAUGAUUGUUGAACAGGGAACUGUUCUAGACAGAAUAGAUUACAAUAUUGAGCAAACAUCUACUAGUGUGGAGAAAGGACUUCAGCAACUUGAACAGGCUGAGAAGACACAGAGGAAGUCUCGUAAGACACUCUGUAUAAUUGUGCUUGCUGUCGUCGUUAUCGUCAUGUUGCUCGGUUACAUUAUCUUCAAAGUGAAGUAAUGAUACUGCAAUUCUGAUAGAACUUAGAAUGCACGUCGUUUGCUGUUAAUGUUCCCUACUAUUUACAGUAAUUUGUAUGGAAAUAAGACACAUUAUUGUUCGUAUUGA